AUGGCAAAAUCAGUUAAUACAAAUUCAAUAGAAAAAUCGUUUGAUAUAAUCGAACGUAAGGCUGUUAAUCCAGUCGGACGUCUUGGUUCUCUCUAUGAUAGUUUUCGAGAUAUUAUAACUCAUCAAACAAGCCAAAAAUGUCAAAAACAAUUGUUAAAGUCAUCUGAAUCAGUACAAUGUAAAAUUAUAAACGGCAGUGUGGAUUCAAGCUUCAAUGUUCUUGAAUGUAUUGGUAUUGAACCAGAAUUACGGCUAAGUUUAUUGUUGAAUUUAACGAAACGAUCUGGAAUAGCAGAAGUUCUUAAUUGUCCUCAUCGUAUAGAUCAGUACACUCGCUUCUUAUACUAUUCUUGGACUUACGGUAAACAACAAUUUCUUGAAAAUGAGGCAUGGAUCCUGGAAAACAUGGCAAUAUGA